AUGGAUCCAGAUUCGUUGGCCAAAGCAUUCGUGGAGCAUUACUAUACGUUGUUCGACGCGAAUCGCGGGGCCUUGGCGAACUUGUACCAGGAAGGUUCGAUGUUGACCUUCGAAGGUCAGAAGAUCCAAGGGUCACAAAACAUCGUGGCCAAGCUCACAAGCCUCCCUUUCCAGCAGUGCCAGCACAGCAUCACCACCGUCGAUUGCCAGCCCUCUGGCCCUGCCGGCGGCAUGCUCGUCUUCGUCAGCGGCAAUCUCCAGCUUGCCGGUGAGCAGCAUGCUCUCAAGUUCAGCCAGAUGUUCCAUUUGAUGCCUACUCCACAGGGAAGCUUCUAUGUGUUCAAUGACAUUUUCCGGUUGAACUAUGCAUGA